GAAAGAGCUCAAUAUUAUUAGAACACAAGCACGCGGGAACACACACACACACACACUACUCUCUACUUUUUAGCACACUAAUCUCUGUCUCUCAUUCAUCACCUCUCUUCUCAAUUUCAAAGUUGCCUUUUUUUUUGGGGGGGGGGGUGUUUCUAGAAGUUUCUUCCUCUAGAUCGAAAUGGGCUGCUGUCUCAGCGCCGGCAGCCACAAUCGAGAGGCGGAGAACCGCCGCUCCAUCGACGGAGAGCCGCCGACGUCUCCGCGGGCAAUUCUCGAAGUCGAAACCGUGAAGGAGGUGCUGCUAGAGACGCCCGUUGCUCUGAAAUCCGACGGCGAGAAGCUCAAACCGAAAUCGCCGGAAAAUCAAGAAUCGUCGGCGGAAUUCCGGCCGCCGCCGGUGAUCGCCGGGAGCCGCGACGCGCCGGGAAAUGACGCCGGAGACACGGCGUCGGAGAUCACCGAGCUGUCGGAGAUUGGGAGCUACAGCGAGAGCCUGGCGGCGGCGGCGGCGGCGGCCGCCGAUGAAGACGGCGUGGUUGAUCAGCGGCCGCCGCCGAGGAAGCGGAGGGCGAAUGGCGGGGGGAGAGGGAGGAGAGAAAGGGUGGUGGGAAGGAGAUUGGCGGCUCCGACGCCGGAGAAGAGGGGGCCGGUGGCGCCGGUGAGGGCGGUGCGGGGGCGGGCGGGGGCGGAGGGAAAUGGCAAUGGUGAUGGGAAUUUGAACGGGAAGAAUGUUGCGGAGGGUUAUGGGAGGUCUCCGGGGAGACAGAAGGAGGUGGGGCCGCCGCAGCCACCACGGAAGGAGAGUGAUGAGAAGACUCCGGCGGCGGAGGAGGAAGCUGAGACGCUUGAAAAUCCUGUUGUUUCAUUGGAAUGCUUUAUCUUUUUAUGAUGGAUUUUUUUAGCCAUAAUUUUAUGACUUUUGAAAUGACAUCGUUUUCCUCUCUGAUUGUUGUAAACAAAAGUUAAAAUAUCUUAAUAUUGUAAAUUUUGGUUUAACAUUGAAGAAAAGUGAUUAUUGAGUUUA